AUGGGCGGAAAGGUCUGGAGCGUGAAGGAGGAGGAGGUGUUCUGGACUCGGAUCGUACCUAGAUCUGCCAAAGGCCUCACACUCGCCAAGACGUUCGACCCCAAGACCUGGGGCCAACUAGCUGAUGAGAUGCAGAGGCUGAUGGGCCGCGAGUCCAAGAGGGACUACAAGGACAUGAUGAUGUUCGAACACUACUUCCACAAUGCCAUGUGCAAGGGCAAACCUUACUCCCCCAACGCAGCGAAAUGGGCACACAAGUAUCGGAUUCAGGCUGGUCUCCUGGACCGGGUCGAGAUGGAGGCGGAGGCGAAGAAAGAGGAGCGCAGAAACCAGAAGAAGGCCCAGCGAGGUGCGGCACACAAGGCUGCCGCACAGAGGAUGCCUCAGAGGAAUAAUACCCAGGCUGUCUCUGACAGAGUUGCCGCUCAGACAGACCAAGCCGCCGGCCAGACGGUCCCGUUCGACAAAUCCUCCCAGCAACUCGCCCCCUUGAGCAACUCACGGUAUACUCAACCGCAGUACCCUCAGCGAUCUGCGACUCAACGACGUCAGCCCUACUACCCCGACCGACAACAGGCGGCCAACCAGCAGCCGCAAUACGAGCAGGCGCAAUACCAGCAGCCACAAUACCAGCAGACGCAAUACCAGCAGACGCAAUACCAGCAGCCGGAAUACAGACAGCCGGAGUCCCAACAGCCGGAGUCCCAACAGCCGGAGUCCCAACAGCCGGAGUCCCAACAGCCGGAGUCCCAACAGCCGGAGUCCCAACAGCCUUAUGCUAGCGCUGGCUCCAGCCAAGCUGGUUCAUCCAGCAACACUGCUGCUGCGCCUUCCUAUCCUGCUACAACCAGCAUGAGUGCCUCCGCAUAUGUGCAGACAACUCGGGAAGACUCCCAGAUGAUUCUCCCGUAUCGCCCUGCCCCUAUUCUGGAGCCACCAGUGCCGCAGAGCUCGGCCAGUGACAACCGGAACACGACGGGUUAUACCCAGAGCUAUCACCAAGGAUGGCUACCGGACCUCCGCGCCUCGAGCCAGCAGCUGUCUGCUCCGAACCCGGCGUAUUACUUGCCGGAUCCGAGAAGCAGUUACUAUCCACCGCCGGGCCAGUCGCACAUGUCGUCCUCGACGACGUCCUCGUGGGGCCUGGUGAACUACGCUGCGGACAACGGCUACCAGUCGCCGGCUACCUCCGGAGCGGCCACGCCAAGCGACUCCUCCUGGGAGAUGGUACGGUCUUCCCGCUCCAACUCGGAUGCCAGCGGCCGCCACCUGGAGGACCUCUACCACUGGGAUGACCCAGAUGCCUUGGCCGAAUCUGACACUGGCACCACGGCUCACCACACCUUCGACUUCAUUGACCAUUCAAGAGCGAUGCCCCCAUCCCUCGCUGUCUUACCGUUGGAGAUCCCCACCUUCUCGUCGAGCGCAUCGGAAAAUGCAAUCUCCCUCGGUGCCUCCCGGAUAGAGCUCUCCGCGCCGGGCUCCUAUCCAGCCGGCGGCCUCACCCCGCGCCCCGCAGAUCUCCCCACCUCUGCCGCCUCGCUCCCGGUGCCCUUCCGAAUCAUGAUCCGCCCGCGCGGGGCCGCAGAUAACCAGCAGGACUUUGUGUACUCGGACGCCGAGUUCGCGGCCAUGCGAGACUCGAUCCGGGAAUUCAAGGCCAGCGAGCUGCUCAAGCCCGAAAGAGGAGACGGCUUUGUCUUUGGGAUCGUCAAGCAUGCCGGCCAGGACGGUGGUGCGGUUGUUGUGGACGAGCAGAGGUGCGAGGAGCUGGUGCGCCUGGCGGGCCCAUUUGGGUGUACCUAUCACCGGGCCUUUGACGCCGUGCUCGACUCUGCCGGCCCCGCCUCCGAGGCCGAGGCCCUGGAGUCUGUCGCAAGAUGCGGCUUUGAUGCGAUACUUACCUCUGGAGGCAAGGGAAACGCUCUUGAGAACCGGGAGAUGUUGCGAAACCUUAUACAAAUGGCAAAGGGCAAUAUUCAGAUCAUCGUGGGCGGGGGCGUUCGGAGUACAAAUGUCGCGAAUCUAGCGAGGGAUAUACUGCCGAAUGCCGCGAAUGAGCACAUGCCAGGAGAGGUCUGGUUUCACUCAUCGUGCCUGACUCCAAAGAGCAAAGGACCGGAGGAGCCGGACGAGGAUGAGUUGACGAGGAUGGUGGAUCGUUUACAGUCAAUCGAUCACCGGCAGGGGUAA